AUGUCCGAGGGAUUGGACACCCAACCCGUGACACUGCCGCCGGUGGCGCCGAACCGUUACGUCGCCUUUGCGCUGAUCGCGUCGGUCGGGCUAGCGGCGGACCUCGUCACCAAGGCGGCUGUCUUCUCGUGGCCGGGCAAGCUCACGGGCCAGGUCUAUUGGCUAUGGGAGGGGUACGUCGGCUUCCAGACGAGUCUCAAUGAGGGCGCGCUAUUCGGCCUGGGAUUCGGCCACGUGCCCGUCUUUGCGGCAAUCAGCGUGCUCGCGGCGAUCGCGAUCCCGGUCUGGCUGUUCGUCUUCCGGGCCGCCAACGACUGGUGGCUGACCGCAUCGCUCGGCGCCGUGAUGGCGGGCGUGUUGGGUAACCUCUACGACCGGCUUGGAUUGUCGGGCGAGGUCUGGCCCGCCUUCGACCCCCGCGCCGGUGAGACGGUCUAUGCGGUGCGCGACUGGAUCCUCUGGCAGCUCAACGACGAGUGGCGUUGGCCCAAUUUCAACCUUGCUGACGCGUUUCUUGUAGUCGGGGCUGGCGUGCUGUUCUUGCGGGCGAUGUUCGAACCGACACACGCCAGGGGCGGCGGGUCCGAACCGACCGCGGGCCGGCCGGCCGCUGAGUGA